GUUUACCUGCUACCAUGGUCUAUGUCCUGGUCUGUUUGUUAACUCGUUAUCAGCGAGUUCAAAAAGAACAUUUCCUGCUAAAAGCUUCCUGGCCCCAAAACCUCCCCUCUAAUUCUUUCACCAGUACGUGAGAGAAGAAGACCUAACGGAGGGAGAAAAUGCCUUUCAUAUCUCAGUUUCAUCGACAAUCUGAUUACAAUUACUUCUCUUCUGCUACUCCCAUCGUUAUCGAUAAUGGCGCCUCCUAUUUCCGCAUCGGAUGGGCAGGAGAAAAUGAUCCAAGAGUUAUUUUCCGCAACAUUGUUCAGCGUCCUCGCCACAAAUCCACUGGGGAAACUGUGACUAUUGUUGGUGACCAUGAUCCUGCAUUGUUGAAAUACUUUGACUGCACUCGCUCGGGGCCUCGUUCUGCUUUUGAUAGUAAUGUUGUUUAUCAAUUCGAGAUAAUGGAAUAUAUUCUUGACUUUGGAUUUGAUAGGCUGGGAGCAAAUGGAUCACAGAUUGAUCAUCCUAUCCUUAUCACAGAAUGCGUAUGCAACCCAGUUCAAUCACGCAGUAAGAUGGCAGAGCUUCUUUUUGAAACUUAUGGAGUUCCAUCAGUAGCAUUCGGAGUAGAUGCUGCAUUCAGCUAUAAGUAUAAUCAACGACGUGGGAUUUGUAAUAAAGAUGGGCUGGCUAUUUGCCCAGGUUUUACAACAACUCAUGUUAUUCCGUUUAUUGAUGGAGAACCUGUUUACAAAGGAUGCUGCCGAACUAACAUUGGUGGAUACCAUGUUACCGAUUAUCUAAAGCAACUUCUUUCACUUAAAUAUCCACAUCAUAUGGCUAGAUUCACAUGGGAAAAGGUUGAAGACUUGAAAAUGGAGCACUGUUAUAUUGCACCUGAUUAUGCUUCAGAAGCUCGUUUAUUUCAGAAAGGGACCAAGGAGGCUGAAGAUAAAACUAGGUGUUGGCAGCUCCCAUGGGUUCCACCACCAGUAGAGGAACCUCCAUCAGAAGAAGAAAUUGCCAGAAAGGCAGCCAUAAAGGAGAGACAAGGUCAGCGGUUACGAGAAAUGGCUGAAGCAAAGAGGUCAUCCAGGAUAAAUGAACUAGAAAAUCAGUUGCGUGGUAUGGAAUUUCUUUUGCAGCAGCUAGAGCAAGUGGAAGAAGAUGAAAUUCCAUCAUUCUUGAAAGAUACUGGUUAUGUUUCCAAGCAGGAAAUAGAAUCCUCACUUGUGAAAGUAACACAGUCCUUACGUAAAGCAAAAGGAGAACCAAAGGCUGAACAAACUGAAGUUGAAGAGAAAAGUGAUUCUUCCAUGAAUGAAAAAUUUCCACUUGUAAAUAUUCCUGACAACAUGCUAACCCCAGAGCAGCUCAAGGAAAAGAAGAGACAGCUGUUCCUUAAAACCACAUCUGAUGGCCGGCAGCGAGCCAAACAGAAACGUCAAGAAGAAGAAUUAGAACGAGAGAGAAGGAAUCAACUGGAUGAAGAAAAGCGCUUAGAGAACCCAGAACUUUAUUUAGAGCAGAUGCAUAUUAAAUACAAGGAACUUUCUGAGAAAGUUGAGCAGCGAAAGCGACUCAAAACAAAUGGGAACCACUCAAAUGGAAAUAAUGUGUCUGGUGGUGUUGGCCGUGGUGAGAGAUUAAAUGCUGCCCAAAGAGAGAGGAUGCGACUCUUAACAACAGCUGCCUUUGAUCGGGGAAAGGGUGAGGAUACCUUUGGUGCCAAGGACGAAGAUUGGCAACUUUACAAACUCAUGAGCAAAGACAAUGAUGAUGAUGAUGACGAUGGGCUAGAUGAAGAUGAAGUAGAGCUUGCCCAUGUUUCUUCUAGGCUUCAGGAAAUAGACCCUACAUUUGCCCCCAAACCUGAUGCAGGUCCAUCACAACCUGCUCCUGAGGUACCACGGUUACGUCCAUUGACCAAGGAGGAUUUCCAAAUUUUGAUUGGGGUUGAAAGGUUCAGAUGCCCUGAAAUUCUGUUUCAUCCGAACCUUGUUGGGAUCGAUCAGGCAGGGCUAGAUGAGAUGACUGGUGUCUCAAUGAGGAGAUUAUCACCCAAGGACCAAGAUUUGCAGGAGAGACUGACCAGUUCAAUCCUUUUGACUGGUGGGAGUUGCCUUUACCCUGGCUUGUCCGAGCGCUUGGAAGCUGGUGUCCGAAUGAUUCGGCCAUCCGGGUCACCUAUAAAGGUGGUGAGAGCAUUGGAUCCAGUUCUUGAUGCAUGGCGCGGGGCUUCUACCUAUGCUGCUGCAUUGCAAUUCCCACGGCAGACAUUUAGUAGGAUGGAUUAUUAUGAGAAGGGUGAAGAUUGGCUUCGCAGAUACCAAUUUUGCUACACACUGUAAUUGUAUUGUCACACUGUAACACAAUUCUGAAUGAUUUGAGGUGGCACUAGACGGAUCUGACUUUGAAACACAUGAUUGGACAUGAGUUAGACGAAUUUAAUUGCUGUUUAUAUCAUUUUAAAGACGAUAUAUGCAGGCUAUAAACAUGGUUUAGCUAGCUCUAAAUUUUCUCAGAUGGGAACUGGGAGUAGUUUUCAAGUUUCAGUAUAAAUAUCUGGUUACCCGAGUCAGUGUAUUUUUUUUUUUGCUUCCCUUUUUCUCUUCUCUCUGGGCCUUUAAUGGAAAAUCAAGUUUUGUUA